AUGUCUUUCCACUCUUGCUGUCUCCAAGGUGUCAAGUGGGACGCCACUCCCCAAGGACGCGAGGAGAAUCAAGGCAACCAGAAGUACUAUGUCAUCGGCAGCAACCCUCAUGUCGCCAUUAUGGUCAUCCAUGAUCUCUACGGCUGGACUUUCAACAACAUUCGUCUUCUGGCCGACCAGUACGCGGACGAGGUUGGAGCCACAGUCUAUGUGCCAGACUUCUUCGGCGGAACCGUGCUGCCCGCGGAUCUUAUUGACAACCCUGCCGAUUGGGUCAAGCUUGACCUGCCCAACUUUAUGGCUCGCAACGCCAAGGACGUCCGCAAGCCCGAGAUGAUCGCGUUCAGUCAAUUCCUGAGGAGUCAGCACCGCCGUGUGGGUGCUAUCGGCUUCUGUUACGGCGGCUGGGCGGUCUUCCAGCUUGGCGCCAAGACAACAGAUGGCAGCCCCCCGCUCGUCGACUGCAUUUCCACGGCGCAUCCUACGUUUUUGACCAACGAGGAAAUCAGCAAUGUCGGCGUGCCGGUGCAGAUCUGCGCGCCGGAGGUUGAUCCCCAGUUCACGGCCGAGCUCAAGGCGUACACGCUUGCCGAGAUACCAAAGCUUGGUGUGCCGUUCGAAUAUCAAUACUUUCCGGGCCUGGUGCAUGGGUUUGCAGUGAAGGGAAACAGGGAGGAUGCGGCCGAGAUGAAGGGCUUGCAGAGGGCCAUGAGGGCGGCGGUGGGGUGGUUCAGAGAAUGGCUGGUUGCGGCUUAG